CCGCGUCUGUGUGUCGUUAUGGCAACCGUGUGCCAACCUCCUGUCUGUAGACGGAAACAACAGACUGCCACUAGUUCGAGUUCAAGAGUAGGUCUGUUACUCAUCUUAGAAAACAGAAAAUUACACGACUGUCAUCGCAGCAAUGUCACAAUACAGAGCCUCAGAAACGAAGAGGGAACAAUUUAGGAGAUACCUUGAAAAAUCUGGGGUCCUUGACACAAUAACAAGUGUUUUAGUGGCUCUUUAUGAAGAGGCCAAUAAACCUGACGAUGCUUUGGAUUUCAUAAAGCUUCACCUCGGGGCGACGGGUCCGGAGCCGGUGGACGCUCAGGCUCUUCGCAUGGAGCUUUCUGACCUACAGCAGAAAUGCAACCUGCUCAUGGAGGAGAACAAAGAGUUGAGGAACAAGCUGAUGCAGUAUGAACCAGCGCCUGACGGGGAGGCAGCCGAGUAGUUGCUCGCUAAUAAUAUAAGGUUUCUUUUAUUUUGUAGAGUAUGUAAAUGUUUAUUACAUAAUAUUUAAUGUACAGUGAAGACUGAAAACACUGGUAGUUUUUGUUGUAUUUGUUCAUGAAUAAAAAUGUUUUGUUUUUUCAGCAUCA